AUGGAUGCUACACAUGCAAAUGAAACCAAAAAUUGGGAUAUUGAAAUGCAACAUGCUUGUCCUGGAAUUUCAUCUUCACAAAAAUCUCGACAUGGUCGUCACCGUCAUUCUCGUCAGAUCACGUAUGAACAAGAUGCACUUCGGCGACAGAGCCAACAACAAGAGUUGGAAAUCAUCCGACUACAAAGUUUUAUCCAGAAAUUUCGUGAUUUCACGAAAAAGCUCGACGAUGAAGUGGAAACUAUGGUCCACGGUACUUGCAGGGUACAAGCUUCAUUGGAAGAUAUCGACUGCAAACGAAGAGUGGAGAAGUUACGACACGAACAAAGAGAACAUAUUUAA